AUGGUCAUCGGUAACGAUCGUGAACCAGAUGUCGGCAAGUUAUCGGUCAGACAGUUCACUGAUGCAUGCGAGAAGGAAAAGGUAGGAAGGACCGAUGAUGAUGAUGAUGAUGAUGAUGAUGAUGAUGAUGAUGUUGAUGAUGGUGAUGAUGAUGAUGAUGAUGAUGAUGAUGAUGAUGAUGAUGAUGAUGAUGAUGAUGAUGAAAGAUGA